CUGUCUGACACUGACUUCAAGGGAGGAGUUGAGCCAAUUAUCUGUGAGUCCUACAGAAGGAAAAUCUGCAAUUUGCCAGUAGUUGUGAGAGCGAGAAAGGCAGGGAGGGAAGAAGAAAUACUUGACUGACAAAUGUAAGGAAAAGACCCUUCUGUCUUAGAGUAUUUUAAAGCAGAUCUCAGACCAGAAGAAAAGAAGCUUUUGGAAGCCUGUGCCAGGCAAGACCCAGGAAAGUGUAGGUUCAUCACAGAGAACUUCACUGAUUUGUCCCCACAGGGGCUGAGGCGGAGUAGAGGCAGGGUGGGCCAGCCGGAUGCACCCCGGACUCUGCACGACUAGGUGUCGCUCCAGAGACCCCCUCCCCCUGCCAAGUGCAACUUGCAAGAGAAGCUAGUGGGAGUGGGAGAGAUUCUGCCUCUGCUUCUUUCCAGCUGAGGCUGUGAGCGGAAGAGCUCAUCUCUCCAAAGGGAAAAGCUGUCGCUGGUUCUGAGACCUUUCUUCAGCUUGAUCCAGUACUUACCAUCCAUGGGGGAACACCCUCUGGAGCCCUGCAGUCCUUCCCAAUCCUCUUAAGUUCCCAGGAAAUACUGGUGAAGCACUGAGCCCAGAGCAAGCAACGUGGGAUCCACAAAACAACAGCCCUUUACAGCAGCAGCAGCCACCUCCGAUUGAAAUUAUCAGCUUCAACAGACGACAUCAAGACCCAGGACUGCUCCUCCAAGGACAGAGAGGAUCAAGCAAUGAUGAAGACUAUGUCUGGUGGGAACUGCAACCUGAAUGUGCCAGCCAAGAACUCAUACCGCAUGGUAGUGCUGGGAGCCUCCAGAGUGGGCAAAAGCUCCAUCGUCUCCCGUUUCCUCAACGGCCGCUUCGAGGACCAGUACACGCCCACCAUCGAGGAUUUUCAUCGCAAGGUCUACAACAUCAGGGGAGACAUGUAUCAGCUGGACAUCCUCGACACCUCUGGGAAUCAUCCUUUUCCUGCUAUGAGGAGGCUUUCUAUCCUGACAGGGGAUGUUUUCAUUCUGGUGUUCAGCCUGGACAACAGAGAAUCUUUUGAUGAAGUCAAGAGGCUCCAGAAACAGAUCCUUGAGGUCAAAUCCUGCCUGAAGAACAAGACCAAGGAAUCUGCUGACCUCCCUAUGGUGAUCUGUGGCAAUAAAAAUGACCACAGUGAAGUCUUCCGCAAGGUACGCUCAGACGAGGGUGAGGACCUGGUCUCCAGUGAUGAAAACUGCGCUUACUUUGAAGUUUCAGCCAAGAAGAACACCAAUGUGGAUGAGAUGUUCUAUGUCCUCUUCAGCAUGGCCAAGCUACCUCACGAAAUGAGCCCUUCCCUCCACAGGAAAAUCUCCAUCCAGUAUGGUGACACUUUCCAACAGAAAUCCUUCCGGAUGCGGCGCGUCAAGGACAUGGAUGCCUACGGCAUGAUCUCCCCCUUUGCUCGUCGGCCAAGUGUCAACAGUGACCUGAAGUACAUCAAAUCAAAAGUUCUCAGGGAAGGCCAGUCUAGAGAGAGGGAAAAAUGCACGAUCCAGUGAAGGGGGCUCACACUUCUAUCUGAAGUCAUCCUCCACAUGCAGUGCCUUAAAGAAAAGUCAUCUGGGAAGCACGGAAUGGGCUCGUGGGGUUCAUUGAGAAAGGACAACUAUUCUUGUGGUUUCUGCUGACUCAUGAAUAUAAAUAAUAUUGUCCUUGUAAAUGACUGGGGAAAAUCAUAUCCCUGAGCUAUGAGUGCAUUUCUGUCUUUGUAAUGUGGUUCCUCUUCUUUCCCCUUGUUUAACGACCUGAGGAGUAAAGGCAUCCUUAUCAAGGAAGGUCAAAAAUGUACAGAAGGCAUUGACAGCUGCCCAGCAUGCAGCUCUGCUGAGAGGAGGUUACAUCCGUGUGUCUGUGUGCAUGCAUGUGUGGAGCACUACUUAUAACAAAAUGAGACUUGCAUUUCAAAGGGAGCAGUCUUAACUGAGGUUUCCCAGAUUGGGAGUGGACUAUACAUGGACACAUGACUCUAACUCACUUCUGAGAGGACCUGCAUCAAGAAGACCUUGAUUAUUUUUUUUUGUUUGCUGGGAUGGUUAUAAUUUCUCCUUAGCAUGAAUGUUGUUUUGUAUUAUAGAUUUUAUUUGGGAUUUGGGUGUUUUUUUAUUGUUGGGGGGUGGGUUCUUAGCAAAGAUGACAAGUGUGAUUGAUAUCAAAACAGUGUCUACUUUCUAGCAGUGAAAGGUGGUUUUAAAUUGUAUAAUUAUGUAAUAUGUGCAUUGAUUGAGAGUGAAAUUGUUCUGCCAAAAGCUAAUACAUUUGACUGCUUUGCAAGCCUCGUGUGAUAUUGUUUCUCAAAGCAGUCACACUGAAUACUGUAGUACAAAUGCCACCCUUUGUCUUGCUGGCCACUGGGACAAUGGUUCCUUUCCUCUGUCUGGGUCAGCCAAGGCUGACCAGAUUUAUAUGUAGGCUCAGACAAGGCUGAGUUUUCCUUUAAAAUUAAGAACCAAAAAGACAUAGGGCCAGCUCCAUCAGUUCUCCUGUCAACAUGCCUUCAGUCAUUUUGUUCAUAGUUUUCCCUGUUGUCUGUUAAAGAUUUUCUUGACAGAAACCUUUGCACUGCAGAAGUUCUUCAGAACAGAAGCUUUGUGCUGGCUCUCCAAACAGGGCUGAAAUGGCUGGACAGAUAGAUCUGGGGCUGUCCAUUCAGCUCUCCCCUUUCUCAGCCUAGUCCAGGCUUCCUUGUCUUCAGCUCUUUCCCUGUUCUGCUUCUGGUUUUGCUGUUUGAUGUGCUCCUGUAUUCCCCCAAAGCUCAAUAUAUUCUCUCAGAUGUGAGCUUGCCCCUUGCUGAGCAGACUGAGAUGUGUAUCACAUAACUGUGGGCAAAGCAUGUCCCCUAGAUUACACAACAGUAUCUGUGUUAUAUAUACCUCAGAAGAGUCUUCAUGUAUCUCAUGUCCCCCUUCCCCUCAAAUUCUGUUCGUGGUUGUAUCUGCCUUGCUGUGUCCUGGGCAGAGCUGUGUGCUAGCUUAUACUAUAAUUUGACAGGAAACUAAGAAUGAUGGUUGUCUGUAAAAAUUAGCCUCUGGGACUCAAAAUCCCAUAUUCAUUUAUCAGUUCCAUCUUUCAUUGGUACUGUAUAUUGACUGGUAAAACACACUGUUCUUUUACUCCUGUUGCCAGAGCAGGCACCUUUCAGACUACAUCCCCCUCCCUAUCUAGAAAUAUG